UUGACACCACAACACUCUACCAACUACCAACAACAACAAUAACAAUGGCUGGUGAAGUAAAGAGAAAGAUUUCAGCGUCAUCAGCUAGGUCUCACACCACACAAUCCAAAUCCAAAUCCAAUUCUUCUUCUACUUUCUCCUCAGGUAAUGGGUUUUUCUUGAAAUUUUUACUUGUGUUCUUUACCGCGCUUUUAGCAUGGGCUUAUCAAGCAGCCUGUCCACCCGCCGCGAAGAAAGUUGGGCCUCCAGACGGGCUUCCCAUCACAGCACCAAGAAUCAAGCUUCGUGACGGAAGAUAUUUAUCCUAUAAAGAAUUUGGUGUCCCAAAAGAUUCAGCAGAGUACAAAAUAAUUUUUGUCCAUGGCUUUGACUCUUUCAAGCAUUACGUGGUCAUCGCCACGUCAGCGUCUCCUGCUCUGAUUGAGGAUUUAGGGAUUUAUAUUGUUUCAUUUGAUCGACCGGGUUAUGGAGAGAGUGAUCCGGAUCCUAAACGCACGUUAAAGAGUUUGGCGUUAGAUACAGAAGAACUUGCCGAUCAACUGAAACUCGGAUCCAAAUUUUAUGUGGUCGGGUUUUCUAUGGGCGGGCAAGUGAUUUGGUCUUACUUGAAGUACAUUCCUCACAGGCUAGCAGGAGCGGCUCUUAUAGCUCCAGUAGUUAAUUAUUGGUGGCCCAAGUUGCCAUCAAACUUAUCUCAACAAGCAUUUUCGAAGCAGCUUCUUCAAGAUCAAUGGAGUCUGCGGGUCGCUCACUAUCUUCCGUCAUUGACCUACUGGUGGAACACUCAAAAAUUGUUUCCUAUUCUAACCUGGAUGUCUAACAGCCAUAAUAUUCUAUCCCGCCAAGAUAGAGAGCUCGUGCCGAUAUUUACAGCUGGCAGAUCAGCUGGACAAGUAAGACAACAAGGAGAAUACGAGUCUAUCCACCGUGACUUGAAUAUUGGGUUCGGUACAUGGGAAUUUGAUCCAACAGAAAUUGAGAACCCGUUUCCAGAAAACAAAGGGUCCGUUCAUAUAUGGCAGGGUGAUGAAGAUAUUCUUGUGCCCGUGACACUGCAACGGGAUAUAGCCCAACAACUUCCAUGGAUAAACUAUCACGAGCUCGCUGACGGGCUUCCCAUCACAACACCAAGAAUCAAGCUUCGUGACGGAAGAUAUUUAUCCUAUAAAGAAUACGGUGUCCCAAAAGAAUCAGCAAAGUACAAAAUAAUUUAUGCCCAUGGGUUCGACUCUGUCAAGCAUUACACUGUCAUUGCCACGUCAGCGUCUCGCGCUUUAAUUGAAGAGUUGGGGAUAUAUAUUGUUUCAUUUGAUCGACCGGGUUAUGGAGAGAGUGAUCCGGAUCCUAAACGGACGUUAAAGAGUUUGGCUUUAGAUACAGAAGAGCUUGCGGAUCAACUGGAACUUGGGUCCAAAUUUUAUGUGGUCGGGUUUUCUAUGGGCGGGCAAGUGGUUUGGUCUUAUUUGAAGUACAUUCCUCACAGGCUAGCAGGAGCAACUCUUAUAGCUCCCGUAGUUAACUAUUGGUGGCCCCGCUUGCCAUCAAACUUAUCUCAACAAGCAUUUUCAAAGCAGUUUCUUCGAGAUCAAUGGAGUCUACGGGUCGCUCACCAUUCUCCAUCAUUGACGUACUGGUGGAACACGCAAAAAUGGUUUCCAAGUUUAACCGUUAUUGCUCACAGCCCUGAUAUUCUAUCCCGCCAAGAUAGAGAACUCAAGCCGAUAUUUACAGCUGGCAGAGCAGGUGUUGAGGAACAAGUAAGACAACAAGGAGAAUACGAAUCUAUCCACCGUGACUUGAAUAUUGGAUUCGGUACAUGGGAAUUUGAUCCAACGGAAAUUGAGAACCCGUUUCCAGAAAACAAAGGGUCCGUUCAUAUAUGGCAGGGUGAUGAGGAUAUUCUUGUGCCCGUGACACUGCAACGGUAUAUAGCCCAACAACUUCCAUGGAUAAAGUAUCAUGAGCUCACCGGUGCGGGCCACAUGUUCCCUUAUGCUGAAGGGAACAGUGAUGCAAUCCUAAAAGCACUUCUUCUUGGCCAAAGUUAGUUCAUAAUAUUGUUUUUGGACUCGAUUUUUAGCUUCCUAUUGUCUUGAACAAACCAUUAUUAUUAAGAUAAUAAAGUAGAACUGGUAUAGUUAACAUUACCCUUUGGUUUGAAUUUGGUAGUUAAAACAUAUGGUAAUGAGUUUAUUAUAUUUUAUUGGUAACUUUUAUUUUA